UACUGGCUGGAAGCUCACUCGGAGGCUGUCGCUCGCUAUCACUGUCAUUCGUUCUCUCGCUGCCGGUCGGUGUGCACUGUACGCGUGAACGUGAACUCUCCUUUCGGACACUCUCGUGUGACGAAAAGUUAAUGCUUUUCCAUCGUGUUUCGAGUGUUGACAACGAAUUCCAAGAUUAGAGCCUCGGACAAUGCUGGACCGUUUUGACUUUGAUGCGACGCCCGAGGACGACGACACAUCAUUGUUAUGCGAAUUAUCCUCCAAUUAAGUGCGAAAUGGCCCUGUGCUGGCGAUUGAUGUCAUCGCUGGUGCUACUGCUCUUGUGGACGAUCUGCACGUGCCACGGCCUCAUCGUUGACACCACCAUCAGCGAAACUUGCAUUCUGCACUUCCAACAGAACAAAAGUGGGGUCACGACUGACGCCGAAUGUGGUGACCAGUGCUAUGAUAAGGAGAUAAACCGUGGUUGCUCGGCGUGGACACAAGCCAAGAGAUCAAGCUGCCGACAUGCGUGUCAUGGUACUCAGGACCUUUUGCCACCUCGGGAACUCUUCUGCGUCAUGAGCUGCAAUUACGCUCUGAAUCAGUAUUUUCAGCAUCUCAAAGAUGAAUUGGGCUACCCCUCCACUCCAGCCCUGGUUGCUGAUUCCCUUGAUUCUACUUCCCUGAGUCUUGAGUGGAAUGGCGUUGGCCAAACGGACACAUUGUACGGCAUUCAGUGGAAGUAUGAAGAGGUACCGUCUUCAAGAUGGACCUACUGCUGCAACCAAACAAUGCUACCAGGCACAAGCAGAACAAUUGACAACUUGGUUCCGUACACCAAGUACAGGUUUCGAGUGGCAGCUUUGGUGUCAAACCAUUCAGUCUUCCCACAGAUGGUGCAGUUUUCUGAACCAAGCGUAGUGAUUGGAACCAAAGCGGCGGGGCUGCCUGCAUCGGAACCUCAAAUGGUCAGGGCGGUGGCAGUGGACGCAACACACGUGUCUGUCACUUGGUUGCCCGGUGCUUUUUCCAGGGGCCCUGUGUUGUCUUAUGUGUUGUAUUUGAGUGAACUCCCCUCAACAAGUAACCAAAAUCCCUACUCGGCUGUCAAGGAUAUACCUGUGGUAAAUAAUGAGGAACCCAAAAACUACUUGUGGCAAAAUGUACCCCCUGGCCGUGACUACUCUGUCAGUGUUGCUGCUAGAAAUUGGGAAGGGGAAGGGCCGGCCACCACCGCCAAUGUUUCAACCCCAAAGGAACCUGAAGUUUAUGCUGGUGAAAAUGCUCAAGUGCUAUUGUGCACAGAAGACGCUAUUUACAAACUGGAGCUAGAUAUCAUCGGAGAUAUGACUAAGGUUUAUCAAUCAAGGAACAAAAUUUUGGGCUGUGCUGUCCAUUUGCGUCACAAGAUCAUUUUCUUCUCGGACAUGAGUGGCUCGGUUUUCCGUCUUCCACUCAUGGACCAGUCAGAACCGAUGCUUGUUGUUGGCCGUGCUGUGCUUGGGUUUGAGCCAACAUCUUUGAGCGUGGACUGGCUGAAUGGCGCUCUUUUCAUUGUUGGGGAGGCUGACCAAGCUAAGUGGUGCAUUUCAAAGUGCUCCUUGGAUGGCCAGGGAUUGACAGUCACCCUUGCUGGCCUCCACUCAAUACCACGACAGCUUCAAGUGGAUCCUUACAAUGGUUAUAUGUUUUGGAUCAUGAGCAAUGAACAAGGAGAUGAUGGACUGUACCGGUUGGACCUCACAGAACCUAGCAAUGGAGUGAGACAUGGGACAAAGCCCGAAAUUAUCAUUGAUAAUGCAAAGAUUGGAGCUUACACUGUUGACCAUGCUGGUCUCAGACUAUUUGUCGCUGAUGAAAGGCAGAACACUAUAUUUUCGGUGUCUCUUGAUGGCAAGGAAAAGUCCAACAUAAGACAGAAAACGCAAGAGGCUGAAUUCAAAAAGGUCAUUUCGCUGGUGGCCGUCAAUGGUCUGUUCUUCUGGACCGAUGGCUCUCGCAUCAAGGGGGAAGAGCACAACCCAGUCGACAAGCUAUACUUCCACCACAUCUUUCCCCAUGAGACUUCCACCAAACAGUUCUGCAUGCUCAGUCUAUCGCAACCAUCACAGCGAAUGCCUGUCCCUGUAAACCCACCUAAUUCUCUCCAGGCAAUUUUUGGCUAUAACACUGCGAAGCUGGCCUGGCAAGCUCCACAUCUUGUUGCUGGACAAGGGAAAGGUGCUUGGCAGAACUGGUCGUAUGAAGUGCAAGUCACAAAUGAAACUGAUGGCUCAAUCAGCACAAUCCGCAAUAUUCCAUCCACCUCGCUGACUCUCUCCCCUAUUCAACCCUUCACCCACUACACCUUCAGGGUUGGUGCUUACACAUCCUCAGGAAGAGGACCCUGGUCGAGUGAGUUCCAUGGCAGGUCCUUCAGGGCACCUAAACCUGGCCAAAAAGAGGUCACCAUUGUUUGGGGCACUGAAGAAGGACUUGUCCAAACUGACACAACUGGCGACAACCUGGAAACCCUAGUACACUCUGAUUUGCUCAGGGAUCUUAACACAGCUCUAUUCGUGACAACGGUGGCUUGGUUCAAGGAUAUGUUGUACUUUUCUACAAACUCCUCCAAAACCAUGUGGUUCAACACAACUUCCAAGGAGCACGGUCUUGUCGCUGGAGUUGAUUCUGCUGGCAGUAUUGCUGUUGACUGGCUUGGGAAGCGGUUGUACUGGUCAAACCCUAAACAGUCUAUGAUUAAGCGUUGUGGCCUGAACGGAGAAGACCCUGAACCUCUUCCAAUUUUUGAAGUGGCUAAGGAAAUUCACGUUGAUUCCCUCAACGCGUAUAUUUACUGGUCGACCAGCUACACUGUGGCCAGUUCAAGACUCAAUGGCCAAAACAAGACCGUUUACUAUUCAGCGCAACUUUUCAGUGGAAUGCAAGUCAUGGGAAUCACUCUGGACACAGAGCGCAGUGUGAUAUUUUGGAUCGUCAGGAGCAAUGACGGCUCCAUGCUGUAUAAGGCACCCAUGUCUUUAAGCAACCAGAAGGAUGUGAGGCCUAAGGUCAUUGAACCAGAGCGGGCAAUUAGUAUCGCCAACCCAAUUGUGCAAGGGCCUCUCUGUUAUUUUAGUGACCAUCUUCUGUGGCUUCAAGAUGGAAACGUUGCAGUAAUUUCUGACACCAGUGGUGGAGGAGCGGCAAUCAUCUCAGACUCGCGCCUUUCAGGACUUUACGUGGUUGCCAUUAUAGAUCGCAGUACUCAGCACCAUCCAAAAGAUGUCACUGAAAUAAAUGUGAUUCCAAGACCAGUAGACCAGUCUUCAAUUAAUUUUUCUGGUGCCACUGACAAUGUCAGCCUCAGCUGGGAUCACGUGAAAAAUGUGAACUAUGGCAAAGUGUUUUAUGAAGUCAAAAUUACCAACAUAAGAAGUAAAACCCAAUACCUGUUUGACACUGAGUUCAAUUGGGUUCACCUUGGCUCAGUGGCUCCCUCAUAUACACCAAUGAGGAUUAACAUCAGGGCCUACACAUACUGGGGUUCCUCUCCAAGGGAGGCCCCCCUCACAAUAUUCACUCCAGCUGCUGCUCCUUCAGCGCCUCAAUCACCAAGAGUCUUUGUUUCCCUUCAUAGACCAUCACCUGUGAGCACAAAUGUUACGGUCAAAGUAAUCUUCAGGUGGAAACCCCCACUAGAGCCAAAUGGUGUGAUCCUAAGCUACCGUCUGAGAAUUUGCAAAUGGCUUGAUCCUGGUGAUAAUGAUCAGGAAUGUGAAAACAUCCAUCUUGAAAGCCACAUAUUUGAAUAUGCCAUGCACCACUUGCUCACAUAUAUGGAAUACAAUUUGCAGAUUUGGGCCAGCACUGACGCAGGAGAAGGAAAUGGAAGUGAAGUUGUUUGGCUAGACACAAGUGUUGAGAAGCCUGUGCCGCAACUUCUGGUGGUCAGGAAGGAAGAAAUUACUGUCCUUGAUCUGGACACGUUAAAUACCUCUUAUGCCAUUACCUUGAGAGAUUCCGUGUCAGCCGUGACCUACUUAGCUUCAGAUGAAGUUAUCUUUUGGCUCAGCAAAGAGGGCAGGGAGAUCAGUAGCUGCAGAAUUAACUGCAGUAACCCAAGCAAGGUACAUCAACUUGUAAACCCUGGGUCGAACCUGGUGGUGGAUUGGGUGGCUCGGAAAUUGUACUGGUCGGAACAGCUCAUAACUGAAUCUCAAAUUUGGUCUAUGAACUUGGAUAAUGUAAAAGCAUCCAAGUUUUUGGUCCGGCCUGGUGCCAUAUCUGGGCUGCAGGUUUCACCUCAUUCAAAUGAGAUCUUUUGGGUCGAGGACAAUGGUCAAGAUGUGAAAAUCAUGCAAAGUAGCCUGAGCAGCCCAGAAGGAACAACUUUCUUGUCCAAUGAAAGCAACUGCAACUGCCCCAAAAUCUAUAUGCCAGGUCGCCCUUUGGCCCUUGAUGUCGCGACAAAGAAUCUAAUAUGGACAGACGAAUUGAAAGGCGAAAUUUGGUCCUCUGACUUGGAUGGCUGCAAUUGUGAAUUGCUGGCAAGCCAAAACAUGACUAAUGGCCUCAUAGUCAGUUCCUUAAGCUCGGACACAGAAAACGUUUAUUGGCUAAUUGCCAGAGAUGGAAGGGCCUUCUCAUCACCCAAGACUGCCAUUGUUGUCAAUGACGGUGCUUCACAUGAGAGUCAAAACUUUACAUUGGUUGCCAACCAAGGCGUUGGUCUUAUAACUGCCAUUGGAUCUUACCUGCAACCCUUCCCAGAACCAGACUGUCUGAAGUUGCCGCCUGAUGUGACGCAGCAAGUGGUUCCAAAAUUGUCAUCCUCUACAUCUCACUCGCUGACUCUGUUGCUUCCUAUUUGGGAAUCGAUUGGCGUAGAGGAACAUUGCGGUGGCACUUCCCAAUCUUCUUCUCACUUUGUCAUAUAUUAUUACCAAACUUCAUGCGAGGAAGAUACACCUUCAGCAUGUUAUGUGCAGUCUCUAGAAAGCUGCAAGUACAUGGAAACUUAUGAAACUGCAGUGACCAUUGAGAACUUGGAGCCAUUCUCUUGUUACGGCAUUUUCUUGGCUGCCAGUAACCACUAUACUGUUAUUUCAAACGAACCACCGAUUUUUGGCAGUCCUUUGAUUUUCAAAACUGAUGAAGGAGCACCCAGCGAAGCUAAAGACGUGAGGCUCCAAAUGCUUAGCCCUUGGUCAAUCAGAGUGUCCUGGUCGCCACCAUUGAACAUACGGAGUCGUUCUAUUAAGUAUGAUGUCCUGUGGAGCACUGAUGGUACAGGAUUUACGCCCAGACAGUUUGGGGAGCUGCCAGUAGACAGUUCUGAGCAGUAUGGUUCCAUAUAUUCCGCUAUUUUAGACAAACUGCUGCCUAGUCAACUAUAUCAAAUCAAGGUGAGAGCCUCUUCAAAAAUGAAUCAUCAUUUGAGGAGCGAAACACCGCCAACAGAAGUCAAGACUCUACCAGAGCCUGGAGACAUACAACUGGUGAACGCAGACACUGAUAAUUUAAUUGUCAGUUGGGAUAGCGCACUACCCGAAUCGGUGGCUGGCUACAUGAAAAUGAGAUAUUCGAUGCAGUUUGCAAAACUUGGAGGGAACAUGUGGCAAAUCAUCAACGAGUCAUCGCCUGGCCAAUUUGUAGCCAGAAAUCUGGCGCCAAAAUCAAGUUACCAAUUUCGUCUCAAACUGUGGUACACUGAGAGCGGUCAGCCUGUAACCUGGCCUCAAGACAGCAGGUUUUCUUUUGAGACCUUAGUUGAUCGCCCCAGUGCUCCAGGUCUACCUUACGUCACAUUCUUGCCUGUUGGGAAGCACCAAGUCUUGUGGCAGCCUUCCAAGAGCAAUGGUGCUGAUAUCGAGAUGUAUAUUUUGGAGGGGAAAGAGGUGGAGCAGCAACGGAGUGCAAGUAAAACGAGUGCAACUGAAGGACAGUGGUCUCGCCUCUACAAUGGAACUGAAAACCGCUGGCUUGGAGAUCUUCAGCAAAACACAAAAUAUGUCUUCAGAGUGCAAGCCUACAACGCAUAUGGCUGCAGCAACUGGAGUCAAGUGAGCAACCUCUUUGACACUGCUGAAAGCGCUAAGAUGAGUGGAGGAAGUGCAAACCCAAUCGGCAUUUUGUCUUUUGGACUGCCACUCCUGAUGGCAUUGUGCCUCUGCACAAUCUCCUUAAUUGCAGUAUUUAUUUGUGUUUGUCCAAAACGAAAAAGCAAAAGAAUGCCUAGUCCAAUUGUGCCGAUCAGUCGGCACAACCCAGAUGUUGAGCUGGCGACCCUGCGCGAAACGCCGAGGGGCAGCAGUGGCCUUCCAGUCAUGCAGCACACAAACGCUCUGUACAUCUCAUCCUACUCUCUCAGCGAGUCAGCAGGAGAGUCAACUGAAGACAAUUUGCUUUCAUCUGGGGACCUCGAAAUUGCUGCACUGCAGCAUAUCAGAAGGGACCAAAUCAAACUGACUUGCUUCCUGGGCAGCGGAGCUUUUGGCGAAGUUUAUGAAGGCGAGGCCAUAGAAUUGCCUGGAGGACAAGAAAAGGUUGCAGUCAAGACACUAAAGAAAGGCGCCACAGAGCACGAGAAAAGAGAGUUCCUGAAGGAAGCUCAGCUGAUGAGCAACUUUCGCCACGAGCACAUUCUGCAAAUGCUGGGAGUGUGCUUGGACAAAGAGUCAAAUUUCAUUGUGAUGGAACUAAUGGAGGGUGGAGACUUGCUCAAUUUCCUUCGCACAAGCAGACCUCUGACGAGGUCAGGCGAAAUGACCAUGAUAGAUUUAGUGUCAAUGGCGGUCGACGUGGCGCGCGGAUGCCGCUAUCUUGAGGAGAUGCGAUACGUCCACCGCGACCUGGCGUGCCGAAACUGUCUGGUGUCGUUUGCCGGCGCCAACAGAGUCGUCAAGAUUGGUGACUUUGGGCUUGCCAGGGAUGUGUACAAAAACGACUACUACCGCAAAGAGAGCGAAGGCCUGCUGCCCGUGCGUUGGAUGUCGCCAGAAAGUUUGCUGGACAGAGUCUUCACUACGCAAAGUGAUGUCUGGGCCUUUGGGGUCAUCAUGUGGGAAAUUCUCACCAUGGGCCAGCAGCCAUACCCUGCCAGAACAAACCAGGAGGUCUUUAAUUAUGUUACCGAGGGAGGCAGACUGAACAGACCCACCAAUUGUCCAGAUGAGAUGCACUCAUUAAUGGUGAGAUGUUGGCAUACAAGCCCUAAGUGCAGACCAACGUUUAAGAAUUGUCUGGAUAUCCUAGAAGAGCUUAAAGUUAAGGUUGAAGAAAACCCAGCUCCCCUUGCAAUGAGCGACACUUUUGGUGACCCCUCAGCUGUCGAUGGUCGCUGCAACCUACAGCACCCUGCGGUGGUCUACCUCCCUCCCGAGUCAAAAUCGUCUUCGGCGGCCAGCACCGACACAGGCAAGUACCUGCGCGUGGUAUCGCCAUCCCACUCGACCGAGUUUGACCCAACCAAAGACUCAGACGGCUAUGUGACCCCGUGCAUGCUGCCCUCGGGUCUGCAGUCGAAACUCAACCGAUCUCUGGCAGCUGGGGAGCAGUCGCAAGAGGAGCGCUUGCUCGCUAACAAGUACUACUUGGUGUUGGAAGGCCACCUACAAACCUCCAGUUGAUUCCAAAGUGCCAGUGAUACUCGGUCUUCCGCUGCAGACUACAAACCUGAUGAAAUUGGUGGCCAAAAUUUGAUAAGCUCUACAUUAAGAUGCAUUUCAUCUAAUUAUUUUAGGCUGCAUUUAUCAGCCUGAUGUUGUGAUUGUUAAGUGGCGCUACAAGUUCACCUAGUGUGCUCCAAGGUUUAUUAUUGAACAAGGAGCAAACAACGCAUUUAAAGUGGGACCAAGUUUUGUCUGUCUUCCGCGCAGUUUGUAAAUUACUGUUAAUUAAGAAUAAAUUCCAUUUUCAUAACUAA